AUGGAAGUGUCAGAGUGUCAACAACGGACAGGCAGCAAGCAGUACAGCAGCACUGUCCAGUGUAGGGAGGGGGGAGUGAAGAGGCAGUUUAAACGUCGGAACAUUUUUCUGAGAUGGGGGAUGAUCGACCCUUUGUCUGCACCGCCCCGGGAUGCGGGCAGGAAACAGAGAUUCACAAAUGAAGAUCACCUGUCAGUCCACAAACACAAGCAUGAAAUGACUUUAAAAUUUGGACCUGCCAGGACUGACUCUGUUAUCAUUGCAGACCAGACACCCACCCCCACACGUUUCCUGAAGAACUGUGAGGAGGUUGGUCUAUUCAACGAGCUUGCCAGCUCGUUUGAGCAGGAGUUUUGCAAAGCACAUGAAGACGAGCAAAGGACAAAACAACCUGCUACAUCAUUACAGACACCAUGUGAAGUAAAAGAAGAGGAUGAGGGUCCUUUAGAAGUUGAUUCAUCUCCUCCAGGAAGUCCCGAUUCAUCAUCCAGCAUGUCUGAUAACAGUAGAGAUUCAAGGGAAAUUCUCACAAAGCCUCUGGCCAGUUCAGCUCCUACUCCAACCAUUGUGCGUCCAGGUUCUCUUCCCCUUCACUUGAGUAAUGACCCACUACACCCGACUCUGCCAUCGCCCACCUCUGUGAUCACACAAGCUCCUCCCUCCAACAGACAUCUCGGCUCCCCCACAAGUGCGUAUCCACUGGUGAGGCACCUCCCUAAUGGGCAGACGGUGCCUCUGUUGCCUAGUCCUGUACAAUUGACCUCAGUUAUAUCUAUUGCGAGGCCAGUGAACACAGUGCCAAACAUCCCUGGAAUUCCAGGACCUCCUGUUGGAGGUGCAAGCAGUGGCUCGUCUUCACCUUCUGGAUACAGCCUUCACUCUGAGACCAAGAUGCGGCUGAAGGCAGCACUGUCUCAUCAAGGCCCAGGAGCACAAGAUGGAGCAGGAGGUGGAUCAGGAUCCAUCCCCGCAGUCCCCCAGCGGCAGGAACAGAGCCAGCAGCCAACUCAAAACUCUGAUGCACCUUCACCCGCCCAACCACAGGUGUCCCCUGCCCAGCCGACAGGGGGCCGGCGGCGGCGUGCAACAGAGAUGGACCCCGAUGAAAGAAGGCAGCGCUUUCUGGAACGAAACCGGGCAGCCGCCUCCCGCUGCCGACAAAAGAGAAAGCUGUGGGUCAAUUCUUUGGAGAAAAAGGCAGAAGAUCUCGCCAAUAUGAAUGUGUCUCUAUCGAAUGAAGUAAGCCUACUGAGGAAUGAGGUGGCACAGCUGAAGCAGCUCCUUCUGGCUCAUAAAGACUGCCCCGUCACUGUAAUGCAGAAAAAGGCAGCUUUCUUAGCAGCAGGAGGAGAGGACGCCUCCAGGGAUCCUUCGGCGGAGCCCAUGGGCUCCCCGGCGGCCGUCAUUCAGCACGGGCCGUCGCCCUCCGCCUCGGCUCCCAGCCCAGGGGCCACCAUCAACGGGCUGAAUGUCCGCGCUGCCGAGGCAGUGGCCAUGUCUGUCUUGGCUGGCAUGGGGUCGGGGCAGCCCGGUGGGGUUGUCAUGGCAACGCAGUCACAGCCGGCCCCAAGAUGAUGUGCGGACGACGGCAGCCAGAAUGAACUCGAGCAGCAUUUGGAGGCCGGAGAGGUGCAAACAUUUGUCGUAAAGAGGGAGCCACCCUCAGACCCACACCCCAGACUCAGAGACUUUCUCCCCUCACAGCCUGCAGUAAUCACACACAGACGUGUUGCAGUGCCUCCGUCAACCCUCCACUUCCAGCAGGCAACUUUUCAGAGAAGCUUUGUCACUUUGCAUAUGUAAAUAGGAGCAACACGUGGAUCGCUCACUCUACAGGGUUUGGGGUCAUUUUCUAUUCAGUUAUGACUGUUUUGAAAGCAUUGUGGGUUUGGAAGAAAAAUUUGAAUGAAAAAUCUUAUCAGCCAAUCUCAUUUUCACUUCAAAGAGUGACACAUCUGUCCAACUUCCUCCCUCACACAGGGUGUGAUGAGGUCUGCGUCUUUCCAGGCUGGCAGUUUUAUUGUAAGAUGUCCUGCAUAUUUAACUUGUAAGACAAGAUUUUUAUGCCAGGCUCGCGUUAUCGACAGAAUAUUUUUCUUGUGUUGUUCAAAUCUGAGGAAAGAAUGUCAUGUGGGCAGUAAAAUGCAGCCAGAUAAGUGUUUUUAUGGUCUUUUUUUUGUUUGUGUUUACUUUCCAAGAAACCCUUUAAUUUUAUAACAUUCUUUUUUUAAAUUAAUUCUUCAUAUUUACACUCAACAGUCAAGUCAGCUGAGUCCCUAAUGAACCAAAUUGUAGAUGUGAGCACUGUUUACCCUGUGAUUGUGCCUGACACGUUUUUUUUAACCAUCUAUUUUAACCCAUUUAGAAUGGAUGUCAUGAUAUUACUCCUUUGUAAAACCCUAUUGACUGCAUGAAUUAUUCAAGGCUGAAGAAUACCACUGUUUGCGUGUAGUUCAUCGUACUAUCACUGUUUUUCUUCUGAAACAUCAAAUUAUUGAUGCAAAAAAAGAAAUGUGUAAGGAUUCCAUCCUCAGUCCUAAUGUGACACACUUGAAAAGGUUAGUCUUUUAGACAUUCAAAUGAUAAUCAAGCAUACUACAUUUUAAAACCUAUACCCAAGCAUUUCAGUUGAGGAAAAAGUAGUGCAAUAUAUUUUUCUAUUGAAUAUCAAUGUUCUUGCUUUUAGCUGACGUGUGUAGUCCAGCUGCUAAGAGGGGUUUGGUCUAUUUCGGUCAAAAGCUAUAGUUAUGAGGUGACCAAAGUAAAUGUGAAGAUGAGUAUUUUUGAGUGAAUGGAAAUGUUGAUUAGUGCACGUUUGUCAGCUACAGAUGUUAUCAUCUUGGGUGCUUUCCAUCCUAUAGUAGUCAGUCUUGUAUAAUGAAGUAGACCUAAUACUUGAGCAAGGUGCUUCUUUUGACAUUAAGUUUGGAAAUGCAGAUUAUUUUAUACAAUGUUGUACUUCCAAUACUGUCCUUUUUUUGUUUUUGUUUAUCCCUCUGUGUUUUUCUUUUCAUUUUCUCCAAAAUUAUUUCCUUUCUUUCUUUAGGCGGUUAACUUGUAUUUCUCCAUCAUGUAACAGUUUGACCCCUUGGUUUGUAAAAGGAUGUUUGUUUUUUUAUUCCUUUUCAUGUUUAACAUCUGUUGAACUACGUGAAAACCUGUUGGAGCUAUCUGUAUCAGAGGGAGUUAGCUAAAUACUCAGGCCUCAAAAUGGGAAAAAUGACUUGUGUAUUGUCUCAGCUAAUGAAUAAAUUGUCUCGGCAAAUGGUCAAAUAAAUGAAUGCAAA